AUGAGUUUGCGAAAGGAGGGGUUGGUCAGCGCGCGCCUCCGGGUCGUGACCGCGUCCGGGACUUGGGGUCUCUCUGGGCCCAGCGCAGGAUCGUUAAGAUGGCUGCUACUUCCCAGUUUGCCAAUCGAUAUAGAAAGGAUCUGAGCACAGAAACACUUAGAACAAAAGUUGCACGCAGGAAGUCACUGAUUCAAAAGGAGAACAGACACAAGCAAUUUGAAAGGAGCAGACAGUUUGGACUGGCAGAUGUCAAUAUCCAGUUACCAAAAGAGAGGGGACUUCCUAAGCUGGACGAGACAAACGAAGUGUGCUCUCAGGAAAAGACCACAGCCAAACGGAAACAAACUACAAAUGCAGCCAUCAAUAAAAGUGAAAAUGAGCGCAAGGAAAUGCUCCAGCGCUACAAAGAGGAAAAAGAACUUCGAAAACUAAAAGAACAAAGAGAGAAAGCUAAACGGGGAGUGUUUAAAGUUGGGCUAUACAGACCUAAUGCACCUGGCUUUCUUCCAUUUGUACCACAGAACCCAGUGAUAGUCAAGCCAAAGGAGAAGGUUGCUCCUACUUCUGCAAGGAUUACAAGAUCAAAGACAAAGAGCCAAGCAGAACAAACUGUUGUGUCAGCUAGAUCUCAGCAGUCCAUGAUCUAUGCUGACCAUGCUACCAAUGGACAUAGCAUGCGCCCUACCCAAACUGGAUGCAGACAGACAUGUGCAGACAAAGUGACUGAAAAAAAGAAAGUGGUGAUGCAACCUGAAGUCCCUACAGCCUCAAAUGUAAGAAUCACCAGAGCAACCUCCUCUACUCUGACCAAACAGAUGUCAAAGCCAGCUGCCACCAUGACCUUAGGUAACGAACAACAAAAAAAGACAGCAAGUAGAGGAAAACAGCAAAAAGAGGUCAAAGCUGAGGAUGUAGAGGCACACAAACAUGAAGUGGAAGGAAAUACUUUGAUGGAUCAACUAACUGAAGUCUCUGUCAGUAACUCUAAAAAUCCAACAUCAGAAGUUCAUCAGGAAGAUACCCUGCUAGAAAAAGAAAACAUACUGGUGACACAUAUUCCAGUUCCAGUGAGAAAGAGAACACGUUCUUUUGCUCCUCAGAACUUUGUGUUUCAGCCCCUAGAUGGUUUAACAACUUAUAAAGUUACACCCAUGACUCCUUCCAGGGCAAAUGCGUUUUUGACACCCUGUCUCUCCUGGAGCCCUGUGAAAAUUGAAGCUAAUGUUUCUAAAGAAGAAUCAAGAAAAGAGUGUUUGUUAAAAAGUCAAGCUUCACCUGCUCAGGAAGGGACUGAUAAAGGCUCUCAAGAACAGCAAAUUGGUACAAAUUCACUGAAAGUGAAGAAUGACUGUGGCUCAACCAAGACACAAGAUGCCAUGCAGAGUUCACAUGAAACUAGUCCAGUGUCUGCAGAUAUCUCCGCAAUUGAAACCAAAGCAGGAGAAACAGAUCAUGAUGUACCCUAUUUCAGAAAUGUUCUUGCCUCUGAGACUGAGAGGCUGAUGUCACACUGUUUCCAGUGGGAUGGAAAGUUUGAACUGGACAUACCAGAGGAUGCAAAAGAUCUUAUUCGAACAACAGUUGGUCAAACGAGACUGCUCAUAGCAGAGAGGUUUAAACAGUUUGAAGGACUGGUGGAUAACUGUGAAUUUAAACGGGGUGAUAAGGAGACGACAUGCACAGAUCUGGAUGGAUUUUGGGAUAUGGUUAGUUUUCAGGUAGAAGAUGUGAAUAAAAAAUUUGAUUACUUGAGUAAACUUCAAGAGAAUGAUUGGCAGCCAGUUAACAUCCCAAGCAAAAGAGCCAUCAAGAAGAGAGCUGUCCCAAGUGGGAUAUCUAAGCCGAAACAGGGGGCUGCUGGAAGAACUGCUGCCCGAAACCGUAUCGCUGCCAUAAGAGCAGCCAUGAAGGAGAAAAUGAAGCAGGGAGAGACAGCAGCUGACUCUGCAGUCCAAGAGAUGCCGAAAGAAGAAGAAAAAGUGGUGUUUGAGGCAGGAUUUUUCAGAAUUGAAAGUCCUCUAAAAUCUUUUCCAGCUUUGCCUUCCAAAACACCUGGCAGAUCUUCACAACGGAUUUCUAAACAACUGACAACUCCAAGAUCAGCCAGUAGAACUUUGCUCCAAAGCAGUCUUGCCAUUCUCUGCAGCUCUGAGGACACUGUUGCAAAACAGACAACACCAGCAGCCAGUGGCUUUCAUGUUCCACAAAAUCCUAACAGGCUCCAGGCUCCUACUAGAAAAACUCUGUUUGGCAGCACACCUGAACAAAGUGGCUCCCUGCUUGUAGAAGAACAAUGUUCUAUGACAGAUGGUGCAGCAGAGAGAACUAAUGAAACAAAUGUAGCUGUCCUUGAGGUGUGUUUACGCCCAGAUGAAAGGAGCAGUUCAGGUCCUGUUAAUUCUCAAGCAUUGAAAGAUCCUGACACUAAAAUAGAAAUGCCAGAUGUUACAGAAGAGAUGGAACUGUCUGCUACAGAUCUUACAGGUCAAGACAUUGUCAUGUACAGCCCAGAAAAGAAUGCCCAGUCAGAAACUGAUUUCAUUCAGGCUGAAAAACCAAACACACCAGAAUAUAAAUCAGAUCUUUUGCAUAGUGAUUUUAUCUCCAGUGGUGGAACUCCUUUUGAUGUGCCAAGCUUGAAUUGCAGCCUCCCCUUCACGCCAGUCAGGAAUGAAGCACAGAAGUUUGCAGCAGCUGAACUAUACAAUGAUCUAAUUGUAUUUUCUCCUUUGUCUCCCCCCUCUGUGGAAAAAUGAAGACUGAUUUUGACUUUGAAUUCAGAAUGUGUAAAUUACACUAAUUGAAUACAUAGAGGGACAUCUGAAGUAUCAGGAUAUUACCCUUGAGAACAACUGUCUACUGAGUAAAUGUGUCUAACCUGGUAUUUAAAUAGUAGAACUACUUAUUAAAAACAUUUUGUAACAUUUUAUGAAGCAGAUGAUGUUGCAAUUUGAUAACUGCUGUACAGUAACAGCUAGGGAGGGUGAUAACUAGGCUUGCUGUAUCCAUAGUGACUUGCAUGAUGAUGCUCCUAUUUAGGGAUAAUAUAUCAUGUACAAGCUUCCACACAUGUCCAAUCCACUUCAAGAUAUAAACUUUAUUUUAUCCAGUUUUUGCUUUUCUCCUUCAUUUUUCCUUACCUCAAAAAUUAUUAAUGUGCAGUCAUGGGGCGUGCUGUGUGCAGUCAUGGGGCGUGCUGUGUGCAGUCAUUGUUGCAGUUCUAGCUGCACCUCUGUCCUCUUUCUGGUCUCUGAGUGUACCCAUUCGGGCCAUUUGUUUUUACCUACACUCUGGAAUUCCACAAUUCUCCCACACUUACACUGAGCCUGUGUAUUGACUGUGCUUACUCAGCAGGUCUGACGGGUUCUUUUUAGGAGUCAGCGAUCAGUGCUAUCCAGUGACCAACUAGCUUUCUUAAAACAAACUAUGUUGGUUUUAACAGUAGGAACAAAGCAUUUAAAGAGGAUUUGAAAACCAGUGUGUAUGCAUGUUGCUGAUGGCCCCUGACACAAGUUUUCUUCAGACAAGAACUUGCUGGGGGAGUAUGUCACUCUGGUUUCCCCAAACUCCCUCUCCAUCUUGAGAGAGACUCGUUAAACUUGCCACAGUUCUUUGAUCUCCUAUGUUCCUGAGCCUUUUCCUGUCUUGGCAUUGUCUCUUAAUACCCCACAAGUGGUUAUGGAGAAGUGGCUUAUCCUAAACUCUUCCAUUUCCUUAUGGCCCCCUGUUGAACAAGAUCAAUAUAUUCAUACAGCAAACAUCCCAGUAACCAAGGCAACAUCCAAUAUUCAUAAAUCAUUAUAGAUCAGCUCCAAUUGUCAUACAUCAUUUAAAAAAAGUGACUUUUCGCCUCUUCAUUGUCUAAUAGUCGAUUUUGUAUAAUACAAUAUCAGUUCUCCCCUAGCUUUACUUCAAACCAACUCCUUAGUCAGAUACCUAGUAUCUUUCCAUGGUUAGUGCUUUCUGCUGCAACUCACCUCUGACAGGUUUCUUAUUUCAGAAUGCUAAGCUGAAAGUGCUGUAUUCAUGACACUAGAGUCAUCUGUUGAAAUAAAGAUGAGCGCGCUAACCUGUCUCAAGAUUGCUGUGCUGGUCCACUUGCUGAACUCGGUCUCCAAGGCAGAUAGCCAUCUCCAUUUGUCUUUUACAGAGGAUGAAUUUCUUGUUCAGCUGUAUUCCUAUAAAUCCUGUGUAGUAAGGAGUGUUGGAGAAUCAUAUGUGAAAUGUUAGUCUGUAUACAAUAGUGUUAAAUGGUGGGGGGGUUCUUUUGACACUAUCCUUCUGGGCUAGCACAUCUCUCCUGCUGGCAACUCAAGCUGUCUGCAUCUUACUAUGUAAUGUGACAAUUAAGGCAUAUCUGUUAGUUGCCUUAAGUGUACAACUCGUGUAUUACAUAUGACUCAUUCUUGAUAAGUCUGUAAACAGGUUCCCUAAAGUAAUGUCUGUCCUGAUGUUCUUCAUGUGACUUCAGAUUGCAGCUUUGUGAUGCAGGUAUCUACACAUUUCCAUGGUGCUUGAGGAACUUCAGGAUGGAUAAAAAUCAAUGAUUCUUUAAAAAUCUGUUUUUAAUUUAAAUUGGAUUUUUUGAUAGGUUUUUUCCUCAAAAAAGCAUUAUCUAAAGGUGGUUUUAAUUAAGAUACAAUAUAGCUCAAAGGUAUCUCAUGAUGAAAUAGGGAUUAUAAAUUAUAAUUCUAUAGUAUGAGACAAUAUAUUCAUGUAAUGUUUAAGAUUUGUAAAUAAGUUCCAAUAGUUCAUGGAUUAGGGACCCAACCUUAGAGGUUCCACAGGCUUUUUAUAGAUUAUUUAGGCUAAUCUUUCUAUCUACCCAAUAGGACUCAGUGCUCAGUCUAAACAUACCAUCAGAGAUGCGUAGUUUUGCAGUUCUCAAAGUAUAGAUUUGUGUCUCCAGAGGUAACAUGCUUGUUAACAGCAAAAAUGUGUUUAAAUAAUAUAUAGAGGUGAGAAAUAACAGACCUUAACUCUAUUGUCCCUCUGCAAAUUUGUGUAUGCAGAGACAAUCCCUUACCUCUCUCUAAAAGUGCGAAGUUUCAAAAUUUUCAAUGAACAGAAGAUUGUUGGGAACGGAAUAGAUCUGGACAAGAAGAGGUCUGGAGAUAAAUGUGAGAAGUGAGGGACAUAUGCUUGUUUUGUUAAAAUAUUAUGUUUGCUGUUGAACAAAAACAUCCAGAAUACUUAAUGUUGUUUCAGUUAAAUGAAACAAUUUAAAUACCUGUCUGGUGGUGAUCUCCUCAUACAGCAUGGCAAGAAAAUCCUCCAAAUAUUAAUGAUUAACCUGUUGAACUGGAGAGAGUUCACCUCCCUAAAUGCCUUCAUAAAUAUCUGCUUCAGUUACCUGUGGCAAAUGAAAUAACUAGUCAUUUAUUUUCUGAUGUAGCUGUAAAACUAACCUGAAAAGUUUUCAAAAUAAAUCACUGUUUAAAAAUGA